CAACCUGAGUACUUUUUUAUGUUAGCGCACAUACUUUUUCUGCUACUGCUGCGGCUGCUGUACCUUUCCUGCAUUGUAUCUCUGGCGGGAAAAGCCAAAAACCACUGAACCAGAAAAGUAUUUUUCUCCUGAGCAACAGCAAGAAUGCACUAUUGGGUAAUGGCCAGGAACGUCGUCGUUUCACUUCCUCGAUGGCGCUCUGUUUCUCUCCUCCUCUCUCCUUCACUUGGCCACCUUUACCACCAUCGGCGCAGCUUCUUCACUUCGUCUUCUCCCUCUCUCAUCAGGACAUCAGAGCAGAGAUGUCUUAAGGAGCGGAAAUUUUUUACAAAAGCAUGCAGAAAGGUCAAGCAAUUGAGUAAUAUUCUCGACGAAAAAGAUUUGAAUCACGUCCUGUGGUGGAGGGAGAAAAUGCAGAUGUUCACAAAGCCUUCGACCAUCUCACUUGUCAAGAGGCUUGCAUAUGAUAAUUUGCUGGGUGUGGAUAGCAACUUGAAAAAUGGGAGUCUGAAGGAAGGCAACCUUAAUUGGGAAAUGCUGCAGUUCAAGUCAAAAUUUCCACGCGAAGUUUUACUUUGCAGAGUUGGAGAUUUUUAUGAAGCCAUUGGAAUUGAUGCUUGUAUCCUUGUGGAAUAUGCUGGUCUGAAUCCUUUUGGUGGUUUGCGUUCAGAUAGUAUUCCAAGAGCAGGUUGUCCAGUUGUGAAUUUGAGACAGACUUUGGAUGACCUGACACGUCAUGGCUUUUCUGUUUGCAUAGUGGAGGAAGUUCAGGGCCCAACACAUGCUCGUGGACGUAAAAGUCGUUUCAUUUCAGGUCAUGCGCAUCCAGGCAGUCCCUAUGUCUUUGGACUGAUUGAAGAUGAUCGCGAUGUUGAUUUUCCAGAGCCAAUGCCUGUAGUAGGAAUUUCCCGGUCAGCAAAGGGUUAUUGUAUUAUUUCGGUGUUGGAAACUAUGAAGACUUUUUCUGUAGAAGAUGGUCUUACUGAAGAAGCCAUAGUUACUAAGCUCCGCACUUGUCAGUGCCAUCAUUUGUUUCUGCAUUCGUCGUUGAAACACAAUUCAUCAGGAACUUGUCGCUGGGGAGAGUUUGGUGAAGGUGGCCUCUUGUGGGGAGAAUGCAAUGCUCGGCAUUUUGAGUGGUUUGAUGGUAAUCCACUUGAUGAACUCCUGGUUAAGGUGAAGGAGCUUUAUGGUCUUGAUGAUGUAGUCACAUUUAGAAAUGUAACUGUUGCUUCAGAAAAUAGGCCGCGUCCAUUGUAUCUGGGAACAGCCACACAGAUAGGUGCAAUACAAACUGAAGGAAUUCCUUCUUUGCUAAAGGUGUUGCUUCCACCAAAUUGUGUGGGUCUUCCUCUCCUGUACAUGAAAGGUCUUCUCUUGAAUCCUCCUCCCUAUGAGAUUGCGUUGACCAUUCAGGAAAUAUGCAAGCUCAUGAGCAAUGUGGCAUGCUCAAUCCCAGACUUCACUUGUUUUCCUUCAGCAAAGCUUGUGAAAUUACUCGAACUGAGGGAGGCUAAUCAUAUUGAGUUCUGCAAAAUCAAAAGCAUGCUUGAUCAAAUACUUCAAAUACAUAGAAAUUCGGAGCUGAAAGAAGUUCUGAAAUUAUUGAUGGAUCCGACAUGGGUAGCAACUGGACUGAAAAUUGAUUUUGAAACAUUAGUCAGUGAAUGUGAAUUGGUUUCUAGAAGAAUUUGUGAAGUCAUCUCCUUAGAUGGUGAAACUGAUCAAAAGAUCAGCUUUUACCGGAAUAUUCCAAAUGAUUUUUUUGAAGAUAUGGAGUCUUCAUGGAAAGGUCGUGUCAAGAGAAUUCAUUUGGAGGAAGCAUUUAUUGAAGUGGAAAAUGCUGCUGAGGCCUUAUCUUUGGCUGUUGCAGAAGCCUUUGAUCCCAUCCUUUCAAGAAUAAAAGCUACAACGGCUCCACUUGGCGGACCAAAGGGAGAGAUAUUGUAUGCUCGAGAGCAUGAAUCUAUCUGGUUUAAGGGGAAACGUUUUGUACCAACAGUUUGGGCUGGUACCCCUGGGGAAGAACAAAUUAAACAGCUUAAACCUGCUCUUGACUCGAAAGGUAAAAAGGUUGGAGAAGAAUGGUUCACCACUAUGAAGGUGGAGGAGGCAUUGGUCAGGUACCAUGAUGCAGGAGCAAAGGCAAAGGCAAAGGUCUUAGACUUGUUGAGGGGGCUUUCUUCAGAGCUUCAAACGAAGAUCAAUAUCCUUGUUUUUGCUUCCAUGUUGCUCGUGAUUUCAAAGGCAUUAUUUUCUCAUGUUAGUGAGGGGCGAAGAAGGAAAUGGGUGUUUCCUACUCUCUCAAAAUCUUGGGGGACAGAGGAUGGAGAGCCAUCAGAGGGAAAUCAUCGGAUGAAGAUAACUGGUCUAUCGCCAUAUUGGUUUGAUGCUGCAGGAGGAAGGGCUGUUGAUAAUACGGUUGAUAUGCAAUCAUUGUUCCUUUUGACAGGGCCAAAUGGUGGUGGUAAAUCAAGUUUAUUGCGCUCAAUUUGUGCUGCUGCAUUGCUUGGAAUAUGUGGUUUCAUGGUACCUGCAGAAUCAGCUGUUAUUCCCCAUUUUGACUCCGUCACUCUUCACAUGAAAUCUUAUGAUAGCCCUGCUGAUGGAAAGAGUUCGUUUCAGAUUGAAAUGUCUGAAAUUCGUUCUAUUGUUUCUGGAGCUACUUCAAAAAGUCUGGUCCUCAUAGAUGAAAUAUGUCGAGGUACGGAAACUGCAAAAGGAACGUGUAUUGCUGGUAGUGUUGUGGAAACACUUGAUGCAAUUGGUUGUCUGGGUGUUGUAUCCACCCACUUGCAUGGAAUCUUUGAUUUACCAUUGAACACAAAGAAUAUUGCAUUCAAAGCAAUGGGAUCAGAGUCUGUUGAUGGUCAAACGAUCCCAACAUGGAAAUUGACUGAUGGAAUCUGCAAAGAGAGCCUUGCAUUUGAAACAGCUCAAAGAGAGGGAAUUCCUGAAUCAAUGAUAAGAAGAGCUAAAGAGUUGUACUUUUCUGCAUAUGCAAAGGAUACAAGUGUAAAAGGUUAUACGCCCAGCAUAAAUAUAGUUGCUUCUGAGACAAAGGACAAUCACUUUGGUAAAGCUGCUGAUCAGCAACUUUAUGUUGGAAAAAGAGACAUUCCUUCAAAAACCGAGUCGUGGAAUCCAAUGGAAAUCUUGUGGAAAGAUGUAGAAAAUGCUGUAUCGACUAUCUGUUCAAAAAAUGGGGUUGAGCUAUACAAAAAGAAAAAUGCAUUUGAGCUUCCUUUCCUGAACUGUGUUCUGAUUGGUGCAAAGGAGCAGCCACCCCCAUCCACGAUAGGUGCCUCAAGUGUCUAUAUAAUGUUUAGACCAGACAAGAAACUCUAUGUUGGACAGACUGAUGAUCUUGAGGGCCGAAUCCGUGCUCACCGCUUGAAGGAGGGAAUGCAGGAUGCUUCAUUCUUGUACUUUUUAGUCGCGGGAAAGAGCAUUGCUUGCCAACUUGAAACCCUCCUCAUUAAUCAGCUCCCAGAUCGAGGAUUUCCACUCACUAAUGUUGCUGAUGGAAAGCAUAGAAACUUUGGCACUUCUCCUCAUUCGUUGGAAAGUGUUGCCGUGCUAAGAUGAAUCUAGAUUCCCUAACAUCGUAGAGCAAGCCAGUGUACAGGAAGAAUGUAUAUUCAUUGUAAUCCAAAACUAGAGAACUUGGUAAUCUGAGAUGAUUGCUUAAGGUGGCUGCAGCAAUUUUGAGUCUGUGGGAGUUGCAUGA